GUCCAGGUGUGGGCGCCGCGCUAAGCUGUGUUGCGAUACACUCGGCUUGGGGUGGUGUGUGUACCUGUUCUGCGGCUCUGCGACCUCGGCGAGAGAAUGCGCAUAGGUAGAGCUUCAGUUCUAAGCAACACUGUCACCAAUAUCUUGAUCAUUUAAGUUGAACAUGUGAUAUGCUUGCGCUCUAGGUAAAGCAGGUAUUGAGACCAUAUAUCAGGCACUGAAAAAAAGGUUGGAAUGAAUUACGGCACUGUGGAGUUGACCUCAGAGAAGUUUCCAUCAGCCUCAGGUUUCACUUAAAAAUGCCUUAAACGUAUGUAUGUGCGUAAGUAUGUAUAUUAAUGAAAGUGUUGGGAAAUCAACACUUUGUUACAAAGUCUUGUAACACCCAGAACGAUUCCAUUGCAGCGAAGACUUAGUGGACUCCUAGUCAGAAGCCUUCCAAAUUAAUUGGACACUCUUUUUCCUGCCAUUUCAAGACUUUUCAGUUUUCUAGUUUCCCUUCCCACUGCUGUCUCCACAAGUGCCCACCCUGCCCCACCCCCAGAAUUAUUUCUCUUUAUAAAUACUUUCCUCUUCUAUGCAUUUACUAAAUCACAUUGGCUUCUCCCGGUAUGACCGUUUCUUCUAUUUCAAUAUGGCCACGUGCUGGAAAUAAUUUCUUUCUCAUCUGAACUUUUAUAGAUAGAUAUAUGCUGUACCUGUCCAGUGACACUGUCUUUAUUUAAACUACAAUUGUUAUAUCUUUUUUUCCCUAACUAGACUGUACACGUUCUGAAAGUAGGGACCAUACCAUAUUUAUCUUUUGAUUACUGCAGUGUUUUUCAGACUGAGGGGGGUGUAUUCUUGGAGUAUACACUUAAGAGAAUUAUUGAUAGUAGUAUCUUUCCAUAGUGAUUUUUAAAGGUAGUAUAAGCAUUUAGGCCAUUUGGAUAACCAACUGAACCCUGAAACCUACCAUGCUAUGUCAGUGCCCACAGUUAUUUGUAUUUGUUAUCACAUUUUGGUGCCAAGAAAGAAAACUGGCUAAACUAAAUGAUAGAUGUGCCACAGGUGCAAAACAAAUGACAUGCUGUAUGAACAAAGGUUUUUCAGCAAGCUAAAUAAAGUGGUGAGAGAACUGAUUUUUCCCUACAGCAUGAAAUAGCUUGUGUGCCAAAUCCAAAGAACCUGUGUGGUCAUAAGCCAGUACAGUUUUUAUGUCAGGUAACUGUUUAGUUCAGCACGUUUUCAUUUCAUUAAUUUUCAGUUCUGUUUGUAUUAAUUUGUAUUCAUUCGUUCAUGGUUGUGUAAGAGCUUUAGCAUAUAGUUUAUGCCUGGUUUUAUGGCUGAAUGUAUUUAAAAAACAAAAUACAAUAACUUAGACACAGCCUGGGGGUCUGCCAGAAUGGUUUCCUUUUAAAAAACCACACAAUACUUUUCUCAGUUUUUAGCAACUCUGACUUACAUAUUCAUCAUCUUCUCCUUUACAGCUUAGGCUUAGCAAGUAAUUAGCUAAAAGCGUAUCUGGUUGUGUAGACACAGGUGGUGGUGCCCUAUAAAGACUCGUCAUUUUAUUGAUCUUUGCUGUUUGUUUUCAGCUUAUAGGAACUCCACCUGGGUUCUUAAAUUAAAAACACACAAAACAUCUUUUAUCUCCUUGACUAAUUAUUCCCUAUUCCUAAAAGAAUAAUACUAACAAAUAUGACUAACCCACUAAGAACAUUUUUAAAGGACCAGGCAGCUGCUGAGCCCCUGCACUGUUGUUGCUCAUAGUUCACAGAGAAAAUGUUCUUAAGAGGAAGAAUCUGUCUUUGGUUAUAUGUCAGAACAGGUAUCAUUCUAGGAUGUGAGCUAAAUAGCCCAGAGCAACAUGGUAAAAAUAAUUGUUAUCAGCUUAACAAGUUUCACUGUAGCUUUGAGGAAGCAGAAAACUACUGCUGUGUCCAGGGAGGACACCUUGCUUACACUUGGAACCGGGAAGUUCGGGAUCUUUUCUGGGACUUUCUAGAAGAGAGGAGUAAGUGGUGGAUUGGACAAAAUCUCAUGCUGCUGGGUAAACAUCAAGAAGAACUGUUGUUCACCAAGAGUGAAACAUCCUUAGGUAAAAUAGAAAGAGAUACUUCUAUCCUACACUUUUACUUGGGCUCAACCUGCUUUCUUCUUUCUGUGGCAGCUGCUCACCCAGCAAUGGCAUGUCCCCACACUGCUGGUGCUAAUCUUGUCGCAGAUGAGCCAGCAGGGAGUUUGAACGAAGUGAUUCAUGGUUUGCAAAGUCACAGCAAACUACGGAGAGCUUGUGAGGUGCUCCAGAAACUGACGGCCUUUAUGCCAGAAUUUUCUAAGUCAGCUCAACAUAUCCACGAGCCUCCAUGUACCUACAUCACUAAAAGUCACCAGAGAGCACAUUUCAGAGCAAAGCAGUCUGGGUUUCAAAAACCCCCAACUGCCUGCCUCUCUGAGUCCCUCGACACUGUGAUGGAAGCUGCUGGAGCAAGUCCACAGAGGUCCAAGCAUGCCAUUGAGCAGGUAGAAAAUAUGCUGGAAAUGGCCUUGCUGGCCCUUGGGAAGAUCAAGGGAACAUUUCUACAGCAGAACCAGUUUUCUGAGUCUUUAGUGACUUCGACCUCUAUCAUUGCUUCUCUGAUGCUGAGCAGGACUAGCUUCAGUUCCUUCAGGGAUUUUGAUGACAACAUUGUUGGAAGUAUCGAAAGUGUGUUGCUAAGCUCUAAUCAUAAAUUUUUCCAAGUCCAUGAUUUAGUGGAAGAUAUUGAGAUCAUGCUGUGGAGAAAUGUUAGCGUGGAAAUCUAUCCCACCAGCAUCAACAUGAGCUCAGACCAUUUUGUUAUGACAGUGAGCAUCACUUCCCUGGAGAAAUCCCUGAUCGUGUGCAUAGAACCUGAAAGUCCCCUUUUAAUGACUCUCUACCUGGGGUUCCAGUAUCAGCCUAACCACACCCACUUCAACCUGAACAUCACCCUUCCAAAGAAUCAGGUAUGGCAAAAAGAUGAGGAAUGUACAGGGGUGCUGGCUCCAGAGAGUCUGCAGUAUGGGAGCAGCGCCUACUACACAACAGCUGUGCUGAAUAAAAGCCAGUAGAGUGCCCAGCGCACACCCACCCUGCUCUAGGCGGCAACUGCCGUCACUCGCUGUCAUUUCUGGGACAGCCACAACAGCACGUGGGAGACCAUAGCGUGCCAAGUUGGGCCACAGAGUACAGUUUUGAGGAGACAGUAACUGAGAGGUCACUGUAACUGCCUGACCUACUUUGGCAGCAACUUCUUCACUGUGCCCCGGAUGGUGAACAUUGAAGACACUAUCAAGCUGCUCCUUCAUGUGACCACCAACCCUGCUGGGGUGUCAUUGCUAGCCAGCCUUUUAGGAUUCUAUAUGCUCACCUUUGUGCGGGCUUGGAGGAAGGAUCAAACAUACAUGCAGAAGGUGAAGGUCACUGUCCUGGCUGAUAAUGACCCCAGCUCGUUUCACUACCUCCUGCAGGUCUCCACUGGCUAUCGAAGAAGGGCCGCGAUGCCAGCUAAGCUUAACAAAAUGAAUGUGGUCAUCACCCUCUAUGGAUCAGAGGGGCAGAGGGAGACCCAUCACCUUUGUGACCCCGAGAAGGCAGUCUUCUUUGAGCCAGAGCGUCUGGAAAUCUUCCUCCUCAGUACUCAGUCCUCUUGAGGGGAACUGCACAGCCUGUGGUUCUGGCAUGACGAUUCGGGGGCCAGCCCUUCUCGGUAUGGAAACCGGGUAAUUGCCAGUGAUGUGGCAGGUAAAAGGAAAUGGCACUUCCUGUCCAACUGUUGGCUGGCCAUGGACCUUGGAGAGAUUGAGCAUGACCGGGUCUUCAAACCAGUCUCAAAGAAAGAACUCUUUUCCUUUAGACACCUGUUUUCCUCCAUGAUUGUAGGAAAGCUCACCCAGGAUCAUCUGUGGCUCAGGAACCAGUUUACAAGAGUCCAGAGGCUCUCUUGCUGCAUGACCUUGCUUCUGUGCGACAUGGUCGUCAACGUCAUGUUCUGGAGGAAAACUGGCACCACUGCCCAGAGAGAUGAGCAAGAGGUGACUGAAGAAUUAAAGGAGACUGUGGGAUUCCUACUCUGGAGAAAUAUGUACCUACUCUAAGAGUUGGAACAACCUUUAUGGAGUCCUUCCAACAUUAACAAGCAGGUGAAGCUUUUACCCAGCCUCCUCUGUUCUCAUGUAGCAGGUCACGGCUCUCAUCAGCGGGCAGGACCCCAUUGGUGUGAACCUCGGCCUGUAUUUUCAAUGGUUCCUGAAGGCCAGCAUCAUUUCUGUCAUUACCUGCUCAGAGUUCUGCAGAGGCUUCAAUCUCACUUAAGCACACUGGGUCCCACUCAGGCUGACCGGCCUUGUGACAUCCUAGAUGCCACCAGUCAACUGCAAGAACUCCAGGAGCUCUUGGACAUACAUAUUCUUCCAACAGAACAGGGGCCAUUCAGAGAGGCAACCAGUUCCCCCCUCCUGAGCCCGGAAGAAGGGAAGAAGCCCAUCGUUAAUGGCCUGCCCCGAUGGUUGACUUGCAUCUCCUGGCUCCCUCUCGGUGUCACUAGCCCAGCUGCAGCCUUUUUUACUGCAUUUUAUAGUCUGGAACUGAACAAAGACCAGGCCACCAACUGGGUUAUUUCAGUGAUAUUAUCAGUGCUUCAGAACAUCUUCAUCAGCCAGCUAGUAAAGGCGAUCGUCCUCACAUUGUCCAUCUCACUGAUGCGGAACAGGAUGCCGUGUCUUACCAAAGAGAAGGAACAACAAACAAGGAGGAUCUUGGCACUCUUGGCACAAUGUUCACCAUUACCUGGUUCGAGAGAUAAGAAUAACCCCGUCUAUACAGCUCCAGCUUUCCACAGCCCGGGUAAGUGACCAGAAAGGACCUUGAAAGAGAAGAAACAUUUCAAGCUGACGGGAGAUAUUUUGGUACAAAUCCUCUUCCUCAUCUUGUUGAUGACUGCGGUCUACUCAGCACAGAACUCCAGUAGGUUUUACCUCCAUCAAGCUAUUUGGAAGAGGUUUUCCCACCGUUUCUCAGAGAUCAGACUUCUUAAGCAUUUCUACCCACAGGCCACUCACCUUCCUAACCUUUAUGGGGAUUACAGAGGUAUGGACACAGUCCUGGGGCCCCACUUCUGGGAUGCUUCUUGUUCAAAAUUUUCUACCAGUGACCAACACUUUGUCCUACCUUUCUGUCCUAAAGUUCUGCAGCAUCUUGAACAGAGCCACUGGCUUGACCAUUGCACCAAAAGCCUCUUUGUGCAAUUUGUGGUCUUCACUGCUAAUGUGAACCUGUUGUGUGCAGGGACCCUGAUUUUGGAGUCCAACAACAUGGGUGCCUUCUUCACCUCUCUGAGGCUGGAUUUAAGUUCCCUUCAGGCAUCCAAGAGACUUUGGUCUGUUAUCUCACAAGUCCUCUGUUAUCUCCUAGUCUGUUACUACGCCUUGGUACAGGGUCAUUGGCUGAAACAGCAGAGGUGGCGGUUCUUCACUAGGAAAAGAAACAUCCUGGACACGAGCAUAAGCCUCAUUAGUGUCAUCCUGGGUCUUGACAUGAAGCUUACUUCUCUGCAUAAGAAAAACAUAACACAAUACCACUAUGACCGUAACAGGUUCAUCAGCUUCCAUGAGGCAAUAAUAGUAAACUCAGCAGUCGUUCACCUCAUGGGCUUCCUGGUUCUACUGGCAACUGUUCAGCUGUGGAACCUGCUGGAUCCUAACCCCAGGCUGCAGGUCGUCAGUAGAGCACCCAGCAAAGCCUGGGACAGCUUCCUGCUAUUCAUCCUGAUCCUGCUGACAGGCUAUGCCAUUGCUUUUAACCUGCUGUUUGGAUAGAGCAUCUGGGACUACCAAACUUUUUUCAGCUCAGCAGUGACUGCUGUUGCUCUCAAGAUGGGAAUCUCUCAUCACAAGGAGAUUGUUGUUUUAGAGCCAAUCCUGGGUUCUUUUCUGAUCCUCACCAGUGUCAUCUUGAUAGUACUUGUGAUCAUUAACCUUUUUGUUUGUCAUCCUCAUGGCCUUUGGUAAAGAAAGUCCCUUAAGGUAGGUAACUCUCUGGGCUCAGUAACUGAAAUAU